GUGGUUGCGUAGUUAUUGGUCGAUGGGACUGUGGUCAGUUAAUACAUUACAACAAUUGUGUAUUCGGGGGUAUUAAUUAUAAACCCGAUGUCUUAGAUAAAAUUAAGAAUUUUGUCAACUAUGCUGAUUACUGGCACUAUGAUUACUGUAGAAAUAAUGAAAACGGUUGGAGUAUAAAUGCAAAAGAUUGUUCAGACAUAUCGACUGUCCGAUGUUCUUCAUAUAAAGAUGGUUGCACCUCUGAUAGUUGUAAUACAUAUAUGGAUGGAGGUUUUGCGUGCCCAUGUGAAAAUGCACGAGGAGGCUAA